AUGUCGGCCACGGACGCUGGUUUCGACCCUAUCGUCGAUCGCCCUUCGUCGGGAUUGCUUUCAGAGGAGCCCGGUGCGAAGAUUAGCGAGGUUGGCCAGAGUUACUACGACUACUCUCUCUCCAUCCGCAAGGAACUUCCUCCCAUCACCUGGAAGAACCUCCUGUGGAACCUCGACUGGCUCAAUGUCUUCAUUCUCUCGGGAGUCCCAGCAAUGACCGUCCUCGGAUGCCUCGUUGCCCCGUUGAAGUGGCAGACUUUUGUCUUCUCCGUCUUUUACUACUACGUGACCGGCCUUGGUAUCACUGCUGGCUACCACCGUCUCUGGUCUCACCGUUCUUACAACGCUUCUGCUCUCCUUGAGUGGUUCCUUGCGUUCGCUGGCGCUGGCGCUGUCGAGGGUUCGGCCCAUUGGUGGGCUCGUGGCCACCGUGCCCACCACCGUUACACCGACACCAAACUCGACCCCUACAAUGCCAAGGAGGGCUUCCUCUACGCCCACCUCGGAUGGAUGCUCCUCAAGCCCCGUCGCAAGAUUGGCACGGCUGACAUCUCCGACUUGCGCAAGAACUCGAUCGUCCAGUUCCAACACAAGUACUAUCUUGUCUUCCUCCCGCUCGCUGCCUUCAUCUUCCCCACUGUCGUCCCAUGGGUCUUCUGGAACGAUCCCAUUGGCGGAUUCUUCUACGCCGGAUUCGCCCGCCUGAUGUUCGUCCACCACUCGACCUUCUGCAUCAACUCCCUGGCGCACAUGUUCGGAACCCAGCCCUACGACUACAUUAAGACUCCCCGCAACCAUCUCUUCACCGCCAUGGUCACCAUCGGAGAGGGCUACCACAACUACCACCACCAGUACCCUACCGACUACCGUGUUGGAACCGCAUGGCAUCAUUAUGACCCCACCAAGUGGUUCAUCUGGACUGCUAAGCAACUCGGCCUCGCUUCCCAUCUCAAGCAAUUCCCUGAGAACGAAGUCAACAAGGGCAAGCUCAUGAUGGAGCUCCGCAAAUUGCGCGAAUUCCAGUCCCAAAUCGAGUGGCCCAAGACUUCCGAGGACCUCCCCGUUGUCAGCUGGGACGCCUACGUUCAACAGGCCAAGGAGCGUCCUCUCAUCCUCAUCGGCGGCUUCAUCCACGAUGUCUCGACCUUCUUCGACUACCACCCCGGUGGUGUCGGCUACCUUAAGAAGUACAUCGGCAAGGACGCGACAACGGCUUUCUUCGGCGGUAUCUACGAGCACUCCAACGGCGCCCACAACCUCUGUGCCAUGCGCCGCGUCGGUGUUCUGCACGGUGGUGUUCCCCACGCCAUGGAGGAGAAGGUCGUUCCUCCCGGCCAACUUCUCCAGGUCGCCGAGCACGACGAACUCAAGAAGCCUGUGGUCUAG